ACGAAAGUGAGUCAAAGACAAGCCGGGCAAGAGAAGCAGGUUUUGAAGAGAGCGUCGGUAUCAUCGAAAGGAGAUCGCAGCAUUCAGUAGUCUAUUUCGCGUCCCAAUUUUCUUGUUUAUUCCAUUGCCAAGGCCAUGACCGCCACUGCAGCAACAGCAACGGCAGAGCUCAGUAAGCAAGCAACUGAAGGGGCCUCUCUCUCAAUGAAAUUGAUCAAGUCGUUGAAUAGCAAAGGAACCACCACCGGUAGCAGUGAGGGAGGGAGCAGCACCUCGAAUGCGGGAGGAAACAACUCCGACAAUUCUGCCCUCGUGAGCAUUGGGGGCGCGUCGUUUGGAUUCAACUUUGACAGCGAGGAGGGUAAUUCGCCUCCUCCAAGCGACAACGACGCUGGGAACUCAAAUGCCGGUCCAAAGGAGAAGGCUGGAAAUAAUGGUCAGGAGGCGGCACAAGUGAAAGUGGACGACCCUUCCCCGGUUGUCCCCUCUACAGAACAGCAAACUGGAGUUGCGGAAAGUGCCACGCAAAUGCCUCAGCAGCAGCAGGCUUCAAACAGCGAUCCAAACUCCAGUGCAUCCUUGACUCUGGGUUCUGGUGCGGCGUCUUCACUGCCGGAAUCUCAAGUUGCGACAACCAAUGAUCAGGUCGCGACGAACACUUCCGAAGUUUCAAUUCCGGCUGCUGCUCCAGUUUCGAUACCCGCUGCUGCUCCCGUAGCGGCAGCCUCUGCUCCAGUAGCAAUUGCUGUGGCUCCUGUUUCCUCUGCUCACAGCGUAGCAGCCGAUGCUGCGGUGGCAAGCUUGCAUUCCAUUGCCAGUUCGUACAUUCCCCAAUAUCUCACUAAAGAUGGAGACCAAAAGCUGGCUUCUACCGAGGGAGGAGUGAAGGAAGAAACCAACGGGGGAUAUCAUGCGGAUUAUGAAGGAGCUAAUGGUUGCGGCAGCGGCGAGCAUCCGGACCAGGAACAGGCGCAGCAAGGAACCGGAAACAACAACGACGACGAUGAAGAUGAUGGAAGGCCGAAGAAAAAGAAGAGACUCAACGAUAAGAAACGCGAAGAACGCAACGCAAGGGAGAAGGAGCGUAGUUUUCGAAUCUCCAAGCAGAUCAAUGAGCUGCGUAGCCUGCUUUCCAGCGGUGGUGUCAUCGUCCCCAAAGGAACAAAAAGCUCCGUACUCACUGAAGCAGCGAAUUACAUCCGAAUGCUGCAGCAACACCAAUACAGAUCCGAAAUCGACCGUCACCAACUUGUACAGCAAAUUCAAAUGAUCGGAGGCGGAGCACAUGGUCCACAAGCUGCACAGGCAAUCCGCCAUGUGGCUGCCAAGAACGGUGUAUGGUCUCUUGGUAACUUUGGUGGUGUUCCUCCCAAAUCUGCCAUGGGAUACUAUCAGCCUGGAAGCAAUGGUGAACCAAAUGAAAUUCAAAGUGCUUUGCCGGUAGACCCCAUCCAGCAGACGAAGAUCGAGGAGCACGAGUACCAUUCCGUUUUCAACAACUGCGCGGUGGGAAUGGCGAUUGCUUCUAUGGGUGGGGCGUUUAUUGAUUGCAACCACCUCUUUUGCCAACUUUCCAACUACUCCAAGCAAGAAGUCUGUGCCCUGACAAUCUUCAACAUGACAGCUCGACAAGAUCUGCAGCAUGCUUUCGAUCUGAUUAGUCAGCUGAUCUCUCCGCCGAUGGAUGCUCCUCAAAAUGCUACUCCACAGCCUCUUGUUUUGCGGGGAGCGAUGAACAAUCGCAAUGAUCUGGGACUUGGAGUUGCUCUCGUCAAAGGCGAGGACGGCAUUGCAAAGUUCUUCUGUGUUACACUUAUCAAAAACCCUGCGUCUCCAUUCGACGAAUCCAAGCCAAUUCCCGCUACCAUCGAAUUGAUCCAAGGAACACCAGCAGCGGUGACGAGACAGAUGACCAAGGACUCGGCAGGCCUCGACUCUGCGCCUGCUUUCACCACUGGAUAGUUUUCAAACUAUCUACCAGAAAAUGACACCUUCAUUAUCUAAUGCACCCAUUUGAUCAUUUUGUGUCGGCGCUUUGGCCUUGGACCUGUUUUCCCUCGGUGACCUCAAAAUGACGCGUUGCCUCAACCAAACACGAAACCCAUGUUGCCAGCCAAACAAAGCAUCCUCUACUUUUCACACACUCGCUCGUCAAGCUCUACCACAAGCACGAACAGAGGCUCCUGCGACUUUCCAUUCAAAGCAUGCCCGAUGGUGGCGCUACAUGAUCACAAGUGGGCCGAUGUAGCCGGCCAGAAGCUAGCUAGAUGUGACCACUAUCAGCUUUUAAAAGACACUUUGGAGCUCAUGUUCUGCACCAAAGGACUAAUCUAGGAGCCAGUGUGAUUUCCUCAAUUCGUCUGCUUUUUGGCUGACCGGGUCAGCGCUGAUUAAGAAUUCUCUGUCCUUUCAAGACGCCGGUCUAUCCACACAGGAAGGCUUUCCCUUCUCACUACACUUAAUAGCUAGCCACCAUCUCUCUAUUCUAUUGCAUCCCACAUCUGCAACUGGAAGGCUCGUGGGAUCAAUGAAGGGUCGUGGGAAAUACUCAGAUAGCCAGUAAAUGUGCAUGCGCUAGAGGAGUGCUCCAGGUUGCCUGAUCCGUGCAUCUUUGGAUUUGGUGAUCGGAGAACUCUCGGCACGUGGGUGUCAACCGUUGGAAUCACACACUGUGCACUCGGCCAGAAGAAAAGAAAUCUGGUGAUCGUUGUACCGGCACCGGUAGGUAACGACAGGUUGGCUGCAGAUAGAAGGCUCCUUCUAAAGGAGGACAGGGUAAAAGCAAUAGAGAGGCACCAGUCAGCUGGGAUCUGCUCCCAGUCUCUACGAUUCAUACAAUCAUCAAUAACCCUUUCUUUGUGCCUUUUCUCCUCUACGACUUUCUGGCAAUGGUACCUUGAAUGAAGAAUUACCAUCCAUUUGUUGUCUCUCUUGAUGGUAUGCUUGCUACCUCAGACUUGCCACUGUCACUGUCGCCAAGACUCAAUGCGCCUAAUCCCAGGAUAUGAUGCUCUAUACCGGUAUCCAUAUUCGGCUCUCCAUUGCCAUACUUAGUUAGUUAAAGCCACUCUCUUGUGCCACCUUGGAUCACAAAACCACAUCAAAGUACAAUGGCCUCUGGCCUGGUCCCCAGUUUGUGUCCUUGAUCCCAUCAAAACCCCUUUCCCAUAUUCUCCUUCUCUUCUCAUUCUAAGCUUGGUCACUGCUUGAUUUUGUAAAACAAAUGAAAACUAGAGUACUCUAGCUAGCUACGGGUACAGAAGCUACGGUGCAUAGCUUCCGGUUAGUUGGCCAUCUUCUCUGGAGAAGGAAUUCGCAUUUGUGUUUCUUCCAAUCAAGGUCAAAGUAUUGUUGGCUACCACGCGUGAACACGAUCCCAAG